AUGGCGAGGGGCACAAGUGUCACAAAAAUGGGGUGGGCCCCACGCGAAACGCGAGGGGCCUCACGACGACUGAAAUGUUCUCGCCAAAACUGGCGAGGUCGCAAGGGUACAGCGGGCGACACUGCCUCUCGAACAUGCGAAAGGCGGGGGGCUGGUCAAUCUUGCUCGUCAAUCUUCUCGCGCUAUUCUAACAUGGCAUCUAGAGCUAGGUUUAGGAUCCUCCUCACGCUUCCGCCCUAGCAUACGCCCUCGCCCUAGCCUAGCGCGAUUCGCCCUAGCCUUGCGCCUCGUUACCCUCGUUGGCCCCUCAGCGUCAGCCCGCUAGCUAGCGCCAGCUGACGUGAGCACAUGCCAGCUAGCGCCCGAGCCAGCUCGCCAGUACCAGCCGACGCCAGCUGCCGCAAGCCAAAUCCAGCCCGCACCAGGGCCAACCGGCCAGCGCCAGCCAAUGCCAGCCCGCACUAGCACCAGCCGCCACAAUCCGUCAGCGCUAGCCGCCAGCCGCCAGCGCUAGCCGUCCGCCACCCACGCCAGCAGCACGCUCCCAGCCACCAGUUCUCGCCGCGCUUGCCGCCAUCUACCAGUGCCAACAGCUCGUUGCCAACGCCAGCCGCCAGCCGCCAGCAUUAACAGCGCUUGCCGCCAGCCACCAGCACCAGCCAUCAGCGCCAGCGCCAGCAGCGCGCCGCCAGCGCCAGCCGCCAGCCAGCUGUCGGCGGCUCCUAACUCGCCAACACCGGCUUGCUACCGCCAGCCAGUAGCCACUAGCUUGCAACCGCCAGCUAGCAGCCGCCAACUCGCUACUAGCCGUUGCCAACUCACCGCCGCCAGCCCGCCGCCAUCAGCUCGUCACCGCCAGCGGCCAGCGCCAGCUUGCAGCUCGUCGCCGGCCGCCAGCCGAUGUCUCGCUGCUCGCCGCUGCCAGCCAGCCGCCAGCUCGCCGCCUUGCCACCGCCAGCCCGCGGCUCGCCGCUGCCGCUAACCACUACCGACAGCGCCAGUAGCGGUAGUUGCCAGCGCUAGUUUGCCGCUUGCCGCUUGCCGCCAGCUGCCAGCCUGCACCUUGCGGUCUGCCGCACGCUGCCGCCUCCUGCCGCUAGCAGCUUCCAGCCAACUACUGCCAUCACUGCCCCUCCUCGCAGCCCACUCCUCUUUCUCCUAGCAGACUCCUACAGCUCGACGUUGCUGCCACUUCCGCCUCUGUCCGCCAGCCGCUGCCAUGACGACCCAAUCCUCCACUACCCUAGGUCGUCUCCUACUGUCAUUCCUUUUCCACGGCCUAGCCUCCUUCUCCACUGAAGUGGACCUCGUUGCGCACCUGCACUCCCUUGAGGCUUGCUGGCGUGCAGCCUGCUUUGAGGAACAGCAUAUCGCCCACUUCCCCCCCACCUACGUCACCUUGUACCCCUUGCCACCCACCUCCCUGACCGUCGCACCCCUGCACGAGACGCUCUCCUCGCACAACCCCCCACUGCCCUAACUGUCACUGAGUUUUCCACCGCCUUGACGAUGGUUGAGUCGCACCUCCCUGCCAUCGCUGACACCACUAGCACAGUGGCAGUCCCAAUCUUUCAGGGCGAACCUGCACCCCAGCUCUCUAUCUCUAGGGCCUGUACCUCUGUCGCGAAGAUCACUGAGACAGCUGCAAAGGUCACUAAGCCCAGUCGCUCCUCUGGACAGAGGGACAAGGGCAAGGGAGGCAAGGGUCAUGGGGCGUCGGCAGCGGCGAGUGGAGGGGGUGCAGGGGCAGACGAAGAGGCUGGUUCGACGGAGUCGGAGACUGCGCAAAAGCAGCAACAGCCGCCGCCACAACAAAGGUUGCAGAAGCAGCCGCAGCUACCACGGGGGCAGGCGGGCCCUCGGAGUGGUGGAGGCCGUGGAGUCCGAAGAGAUUGGGCCUCAUGGCAGUCGGUGCCCUGGGGGUCGCGUGGCUCUUCUGUGGGCCAGGGUGUUGGUGGUCCUAGAGGCGUUGGGAGUUGAACAUACCAGCUGCUGACCGGCCCCCAGUAUGGCCAAGCCUGCGGGCGCACGGGCCAUGGGCACCGAGCCCAGUGGUCUAUAUGCAGAGCAGUGUGCUCCCCGUCAGUCCGUCGCUCGCCUGCCAUUGCCGCUGCCGCCGCGCCGUCAUCGCCGCCGCCGCUAUUGUGCCUACUACCGCCACCUCCGCUGCUACAGCAGUCGCCGCCUUGCUACUGCCGCCGCAGCCGUCGCCACCACUACGGCAGCCGCCGCUACGGCAGCCAUCGUCGCCACUACCGCUGCAACAGCAGCCGCCGCAGAAGGAGCCACUUCCACUCCUCUUGCCGCCACUGCCACCGCCGCUGCCACAGCAGUCGCUGCUGCCGCUCAUGCCGCUGACGCCGCCACUGCCCCUUCUGCUGCCGCCACUGUCGUCGCUGCCCCCGUUGCCACUGACGCCGCCGCUGCCCCUGCAGCCGCUGCUGCCGCCACUGCUGCCACUGACGCUGCAUCUGCCACUGCUGCUACUGCCGCCGCCGCUGCCACUACAGCUGCCACUGCCCCUGCUGCCACUGCUGCCACUGCCGCCGCCGCUGCCUCAGCUGCCGCUGCCGCUGCCACUGCCACCGAUGCUGUUGCCCCUGAUGCCACUGCGCUGUGGCAGCUGCAGGCGCCACUACUGCUACUAUAGCCGUCGCCACCGCUGCCUCUACCACUACCGCUUCUCCAGCAGCCACCGCCCCUGCUACAGCCGCCACCAUCGUCGCCGCCGCUACGACAGCCGCCGCCGCAGCUGCAGCAGCAGCCGCUCCAACCGCUGCCACUCGGGCCGCUGCUACAGCCACCUCUGCUCCUCCUCGGUCUCCUGCCGCCGCUCCUGCCGCUGCUGCUCCGGCCGCCUCUCAAGCCGCCUCUGCUCCUCCUCCUACUUCUGCCGCCACUCCAGCCGCCGCUCCAACCGCUGCCACUCCAGCCGCCGCUCCUCCUCCUCGGACCAAUGCCGCCACUCCGGCCACCGUCACUCCGGCCGCCGCUACAGCCGCCACUCCUCCUCCUCGAGCCACUGCCACCGCUCCAGCCGUCACCACUCCGGCCGCCGCUCCAGCUGCCGCUGCUACUGCCGCUUCACCAGCCGCUGCUCCAGCCGUCGCCGCCACUACAGCCGCCGCUGUCACUCCAACCACUCCAGCCGCCGCUACAGCAGCAGCUACCUCCACUCCAGCCACCGCCACUCCAGCCCCCCCUCCCUCCAGCCCUGGUGCCCCAUGCACCUACGCAGCCCACCCCAUAGCAGCCGCAGCAGAAGAAGCAGCAGCAGCAAGGGGGGGGGGGGGGGGGGAGGGGGUUCGUGGGCCCUGGGGGUGGUGGUUCUGGGAAUGCUCCCCCUGGGGGUGGUAAUUCUGAGCGUGCUCGACCUUAGGGUGCUCGGCCUUAGGGUGCUCGGCCUUAGGGUGCUCGGCCUCAGGACGCUCGGCGUCUGAACUUCACCAAUUUUCUUGUUACUCUUGCUGACUGGCAUUCUGGCCCUUGUCUCUGUGUCCACACUAGUAGUGCUGCCCUGAGCUGUCUGUCCCCUACUCAAGAGGCCAGACUAGUAGUGCUGCCCUGGAUUGCUGUGCCUUGCAAGACUCUGCCCCUACCCAGUCUAGGGGGUGUGUUAGCGUACAUAUAAUUUUCAU